AUGGCCGAGCAACAUCAGUUCACCGGUCUCCCGAUUUUGCCUCCUAUCCGCCUUGUCAGUGACAAGGAUGUAUCGAGCAAGGGCCCGGUGAAAGAAAGCGAGCAGCAGUCCCCUGGAGAUUGGGAAACCGGCCAGGGUCGGGAGGAGCUUCACGACGCCCCAGGCAGCAGAUACCACGCGCACGGCGGCCAUCCCGCAGUGCCUCGCCACAGGUUUCUGACGGCAGCAGAUUGGUCCAUCAUCGCGGCUAGAAUUGGCGGUGCGGUGGAUGUCGAGCAACACAAGGCCGUCCAUCCAACCCACUGGUGGUGGCCUCCGUCGGGAAUGCCGCCAGGUCUCUACCGAGACAUCGUGACGUACCGAAGCAAGUUCUUUUACCUCUUCCACGCAACAAGCAUCAUUCGCGGCACGUUGAUGAUUCUCCAGCUGCUCGUCGGCGCGACGCUGACGUCCCUCGGAGCCAUGUCCUUGGUCGACGGCACGCCCAUCACGGUGCUCGGGGCCAUCAACACCGUCACGGCCGGCCUCCUCGCCCUCCUGCACAACAGCGGCGUCCCGGACAGGUACCGCUACGACAUGGCUGGAUUCGGGGACCUCGAGGACAACAUCAAGGAACUCCUCGACUCGGGCAUCGUCCCCGCCGACAUGACGAUGGACCAGGUCCUUGCCGAAUUCUUUGAUCGGUUCCGCGAGGCCAAGGCCACCGUCGUUGCCAACAUGCCGCUGCACUACAGCUCCCGACAGGGCAAGCAGCCGGGCGAUUCAGCCGUGGUCGUGGUGUCGGCCCCCGAGCCCAAGACGGGGCCGAAGCGGGGCGGCGGAGACGAGGCCACGAAGACGACAGGGAGCGGGAGCAUGCACGUCAUGGAUAAGAAUGAACAAAAGACCGACGACGCUGGUACUGCUCCGCGCCAAGGGUAG